AUACUUUACCGUUACAUUCAGCAGAGAGACAUGCACACCAUCUUCUUAUCUUGACUAAAAUGUUCUAUUUUUUUAAAUCUUGUUUCGUGAAAGUAAACGUCCCCAAACGAAUAUUGUGAGUUAAACUAGAUUAAGCUGUCACGAAGAAGGCGCAACUUGAAUGAAUGGCGACCUCAAUGCUGCUCUUAAAGCUACCACACCGACAAGGGUGCUUUAAACUCUUUAACAUGGAGCCCACCUGGGCCCGGACGCUGACAACAGUGGCCUGUAUCCCAUUUUGAGGCGUUAACUGGAGGUUUAGAGUGUCCUAUUGUCGAUGUUGUCGUCCACUUUGACACAACAACCGUGUUCCACUUCCUAGCCAGGGCUCACAUGGACAUCGUAGCCUAGCCAUGUGCCACUGUGUACACGCUUCUGCCAGCUCACCUCUGAUUGGCCAGGGGGCGGAGAUGUGCGAGCACGAGUCUCGGCCGUCUCUCACUCGGAUUGGCUGACAGCGUGUCGUUGACGUCACACAUUGCAUAAUCCACAACCGUACACAGUGGCUAGGUACACGUGAGUCUGGUUUGACCCAGAUUGUAGUCCUGCUUGGCGUCCUCGGUCCUCCAUGACACAUCCACAUGGCUGUGUUAGGUAAUCACCGACAUAGGUGUGGAGGACAAAAAAAACACCUUUUGCACGACUAUUGCCUAUUUAGGUGUAUUAUGUUUGGGAGGCUUUAAGAGAAUCAAGGCAGAAGCCAGGCUUGUAAUAGGCGGAGUCAUCGCCUACAUCUCCUCAGGCUCCGCCUCCAGCCCGGAGUCCUGUAUGAGUACUAGCCCAAGCGCCGGCGGCGGCAGCUUCCUGUCCACGUCGCCGACCCCGUCCCGCUCCUCGUUGCCGAGCAGGGCGGUGGGCAUGGUGGUGGACAUCGCCCCGCCAACCAAGAGUGGACCCAGAGCCGGAAGUGGCGUUGAGAAAGCGGGCCGCACGUCGGCGUCCGCCAAGAGCAGCAUCACCAAAAUCAACGGCAUGGUGCUGCUGUGUAAGGUGUGCGGCGACGUGGCCUCAGGCUUCCAUUAUGGCGUCCAUGCUUGCGAAGGUUGCAAGGGCUUCUUCCGGAGGAGCAUCCAGCAAAAUAUCCAGUACAAGAAGUGUCUGAAGAUGGAGAACUGCACCAUCAUGAGGAUCAACAGGAACCGCUGCCAGCAGUGCCGCUUCAAGAAGUGUCUGGCUGUCGGGAUGUCCCGAGAUGCUGUCAGAUUCGGGCGCAUUCCAAAGCGGGAGAAGCAGAGGAUGCUGCUGGAGAUGCAGAACGCCAUGAACAACAUGAUGAGCAGCAACAGCCAGCUGCACAACAUGCUGCACGGUCACCAGAGCCCGCAGCUGCCCAGCGACACCAGCCCCUCGCUGUCCUCCUCAUCCUCUUCCUCGUCCUCCCUCUCAUCGGACUCCCCGUCCUGCUCCAACCCCUCCUCCCCGCAGUGCCCCCAGGACGCAGAGUCGGUGGUCUCAAUGGACACCAACUCCAGCUCCGCCUCCUCCUGCUCGUCGGACAGCGGCGAGGACGAGGUGGGUGUGGGCAGGCAGCACCACAAUGCCUUUGAGAGGACCCAGCACCAGGAACGUCAGGCCUCCCCGUCGCCUGUCACCACGGAGACGGCAACCGGCUCCGACAGCUGCAUGGAGGCAUCGCAGCAGCAGAAGCAGCAGCAGCAGCAGAGCUGGAACUGCUGGAACAACGAAGUGGUGAUGAGAGGCUACCAGGACAGCUCGUACAGCAACAACCAACACGUCAACAACGUCGUCUUCAAUGAGGAGAGGCGAGAGUGCCCACAGCAGCUCAGUGGCGCCCCCAGCUGUCCAAUGGACGCCCACCAACUGCGUGCUUACCACAACGGACCAAGCAACAGCAGAGCACACCUGGUGUGUCCCAUGAACACCUCCCCCUACGUGGACCCCAGCAAGCCCAGCCAGGAGAUCUGGGAGGAGUUUUCCAUGAGCUUCACCCCCGCCGUGCGGGAGGUGGUGGAGUUUGCCAAGAGGAUCCCGGGCUUUCGUGACCUUCCAGAGCAUGACCAAGUGGGCUUGCUGAAGGCAGGAACCUUCGAGGUGCUGAUGGUCAGGUUCGCCUCGCUCUUUAACAUGGCCGAACGCACGGUGACCUUCCUGAGUGGCAAGCACUACAGCCUGGACACGCUCAGGUCGCUCGGUGCUGGUGAGCUGCUCACCUCCAUGUGCGAGUUCAGCGAGAAGCUGAUGGCGCUGCGACUGGACCAGGAGGAGAUGAGCCUCUUCACAGCCGUGGUGCUCGUGUCCGCCGACCGCUCGGGCAUCCAGGACCUGAACGCCGUGGAGGCUCUGCAGGACAAACUGAUUCGGGCCCUGCGGAACCUGGUGAUGCAGAACCACGGCGAGGAGGCUGCCACCACCUUCACUAAGCUGCUGCUCAAACUCCCCGAGCUGCGUUCCCUCAACAACAUGCACUCUGAGGAGCUCCUCUCCUUCAAGGUGCACCCAUGACUUCCUAGGCCACGCUCACCCAGGCCAGGCUCCUCCCCUUCCUCCCAACAACCCACUCACCCACCUCUCUGCAUCUGACCAACCCUGUUGUGUGUUUAUUUUGCGGAAUGUAUUACAAGUUGUUUUGUACUCUAUUUUUGUGUGAAGCGGACCACGCGGGGUCCAGAGAGAAGAACAGUACUGUAUUUAUGGAGACAACAAGCUGACGUUGUUGCAAACAUGGAGGCACUUUUCUACUUUCAGCAGGAAGAAGAAACCCAACUUUGCUGUAUGCAAUGAUUGAAAGUAUCUGCAACGUUUUAGUUUCUUUUCAUUUCCUCCAGAAGCCAUUUAAUGUAAAAAAAAAAAAUGCGAGUGAAUGUGAGAUGCAAAACUUGCAUGUUUAUUUGCUCUUCGAGAGGCGUGCUAGCUAGCGAGAAAGCUAACGGCUAAUGUGACGAAUGUGCUGCUAAUGCAUGGCUAAACUUCUCUCCCCUCACCACGCACCAUCUUCCUGUGUGUGUAGUGUUGUACUCUUUACUUUCAUGUAUUGUUUUUUUUUUGUUUGUUUGUUUUUUUAGCCUUUGCGCCACCUCGCUCGCGCUCGCGCAACACUACAUUCGCACAAGUUCACCCAAAAUCCACCACCUGUGUCUGGGCGAGGUUGCACAGAGGCGAAGCAUAAUCAUCAGUAUAUUUUCAGUUUUCUAACUUUCCACUUUGUAUGAUUUUUUUUAUUUUAAUUGAACGUUGUGCUUUCUGCCAGGCACUGAACAUGAAACGUGUCAUCCAUGAUGUUUGUUGUACUUGGCAACACUGUCACAUGUAAAUAACUAUAUAUAUAAAUAUAUAUAUAUAAAUAUCUCUUGAACAUAGACAAAUAUGUAUAGAAUAAAUGAAUAAAUAUGGGAGAAGAA